AUGCAGCAGCCGCAGCAGAACGAACAGUACUCGAACACGAGUGCAAAUGGACAGCCGCUCUGGCAGCAGCAGCCAAUGCAGCCGCAGCAAAUGCUGCAGCAGCACAUGCAGCAGCAGCAGCAAAUGCUGCAGCAGCACAUGCAGCACCCGUAUGGAUACUCCUCUGCGACUCCGCACCCCGGGCCGCUGCUGCAAAGUGACCGCUCCCUCACGCUUUUGCAGCAGCAGCACCAUGUGCAGCAGCUGCUCCAGCAGCAGCAGCUGCUCCAGCAGCAGCAGCUCCUUCAGCAGCAGCAGCUCCUUCAGCAGCAGCAGCUGCGACAAAGCCGUCCUGCCGCAGUUUCACAGCAGGUGGGGCACCCUCCUUCUCCCCUGGAGCACCGUGUGGAGUAUCAAGAGACUGUCUCGGCUUCCCAAGAAGUGGUGAGGCUGCCGCAGCCAGUGCAACACCAUCAGCAGCAACAGCAGCAGCAGAGUAGGCGCUAUUGGCAUGAGACGCGUGUCGAGGCUUGUGAGAGGGUACCGCCUCCUCUUAGAGCUCGCCAGCUGGCUCCUGCUGCUGACAAGGAGCCGCAAGCGCCUCCUGCUCGCUCAGACGCUGCGGCAGCGCUAGCUGCUGAGCUCCAUCCCAGAAAGACUGACAUGCGGCUUUUUCUGCGCCGUCUGGGGGGGCGAUACGUGACGGAGGUAGGCCAGGAGGAGGCGGCCUUAACGGCCGAACUGCAGCAGCUGCAGCAUGAAUUGAACCGCGUGCACUUACUCAUGGGCAAGGGGGCCCCUCUUCAGCAGCAAAAGGAUCCCCCGAAGUGCCUCUGCGGUAUUCCUACACUGGAGGCGGCCGUCGCUGCUGCAGCAGCGGGAGCAGACGUUGCUGCUGUGCUGCAGCAGCACCAGCAGCUGCCGCUUCACGGCGAUACCAUAAUGGCAGAGAUGGCGACAUUUCAAGACCUUGUUAGCGAUGAGCACAAGGAAAAGAAGAAAGGCUUUCGAAACAUUGCUGGCAUGUGCAAACGCCACUUGGAAGGCCAAGCAAAGCGACGCGACCAGCGGCACGAAGAGGUUGAGCGGCUGCGGAGGCAGCAGGCAAAGGUUCUGAGCGGCGCUGUGUCUGCUUUUUGGGUUAAGGUGGAGCACGUUGUGUGGGAGGAGCAGAAGAGAACGCUGCAGUCUCAGCUGCAGCAGCAGAAGGAGAAGAAUUUCGAUCGCUUUGUUAAGAGGGCCUUAAAAGUCUCUAGGGCUAUCGCCGGAGGCAUACGAAGGGAUGUGAGGGGAGGCCUUGGUGUGCCUUCUGAGGAUUCCGAUAGCGGCGAAGCAACUCGGAUGGAAGCGGCAGCUCAGCGGCAGCGCGAGCCGCGGCAGUCACCUCGCACUGGCAAGCAGUUUCCAAGAGCUGGCUCUGAGAAAAAGGGCACGCAUGCGGCUGCACGAGCUGAAGCCGCAGUGGUGGCAGAAGAUGACGAUUUCGAUGCUGCGGGGGAGCAGGUAGAACGCCAGGAAGCGGAAGACUUGGCACUUGAUGCAGAAAUGGAAGCAGAAACGUCGUCAGAGGGAGAUGAAGAAGGCCAAGGAGGGCGCAGAGACGAGGCAGGUGACCUCGCGAAGGAGGCGGAGGAACCGCUGGAAGAGUUGUUGCAGCGCUAUGGCUAUUCAAGUGUCAAGGAGUUCCGAGAGAGGGGCGUGGAAGACACCAGCAAGGAGGCGGGUAGCGCCUCGCAGUCAUCGGGAGAAGAAGAAGACGAAGAAGAAGAGACUGCAGACGUGCCAGAGGGCAGAGACAGAUCCACAGGCAGCCAUGAGGGAUGCUCCGAAGCCAAGAGAUCUCGUAUGCCAGUCGAAAACCUCUCUAGGCCGCGUCGGGCUGCUAGCCGGCGCGUGUUGCAGCAAUUCGCGGAGCAGCAGCAACAAGAGCAGCAGCGACAAGAGCAGCACGAGGAGGAUGAAGAAGAAGCCACUGAGGAUCAAGAGCGCCUUGAGGCCUUAAUUGCGGAGAGAGACGAAGAGGAUGCAAAGUUAGACGAAGAGAUGGAUUCGUGCGAGGAUGAUCAGUCGGAAACGGGGGCGGUAGACGAUCUUCUGAACGAGGCGGAAGCCCCCCUCAGCGAAGUUUUGAAGAGUUACGGCUAUUCCUCGGUACAGGAGUUCUUAAGCCGUCGAGCAGAGGACGCCUCGAGGAGUAGCGAGUCGGAUCCAGAAGACUUGCAACGAGCCGAGGGAGCCAACAAGGGCAAUUUGGCAGCCGAUAGCGAGAGCAAGCAGUUCCAAGAUGCGAGCCAGCAGCAAAAGCGGGAAAGGCCAGGGGAGGGGGUUGCUGAACAGAGUCUACCCAAGAGACUUCGCUACCCCCGGCUGAAACGCGAGAUGUCGACGACGCUCUCGCCAGAGAUGCCCGAGGAGACACAGCGUGGGAAGGAGGAUGCCCCCCAACAGCAGCAGCACAAGCAGCAGCAGCAGAAGCAGCAGCAGCAUCAGCACAAGCAGCACAAGCAGCAGCAAAAGGAGUCAAAGGUCAAGUUGGAGGGGGGGGUGGCGGCAGCAGCUGCUGCUGUUGCCACCCCCUUGGAAUCGCGCGAAUCAGCCCCAGAGACGGCGAAAUCGAAGACUCAGAAGAGUCGCUUUGUGCUCGCCGUGAAGCGUGAGCAGCAGCAGCAGCAGCAGCUGCAGGAGGAGGAGCAGCAGCAGCAGCAGCUGGGUUUCAAGCCGCUUCCGUUGACGAGGCUGCUUCGGGCGCGCCUUAGGGAGUAUCAAGCGGAAGGGGUAGAGUGGCUUUACCGGCUGCACAGAGCAGGGGCGAACUGCAUUCUUGCAGACGAGAUGGGUUUGGGGAAGACGAUCCAGACCAUCGCGCUGCUGGCGAAACUGGCGCUAGAAAUGGGUGUGUGGGGUCCCCACCUGGUUGUUGUUCCGACGAGCGUCCUUGAGAAUUGGGAGACUGAGUUCAAGAAGUUUCUUCCAGGAUUUCGAGUUGUGUUGUACUACGGAUCUGCGGCCGAGCGGCAGAAGAAGCGGCAGGGGUGGACGCGGAAGCAUGCGUUUAACGUCUGCAUUGUCAGCUACGCCACUGCUGUGAAGGACGCCGCCAUCUUGAAGCGAAGGGAGUGGUAUUCCAUGGUUCUCGAUGAGGCGCAGAACAUAAAGAAUUUCAGUUCCAAGAGGUGGCAGACGCUGCUGACGUUCAAUUCGCAGCACCGGCUCCUUCUUACGGGGACUCCCCUGCAGAACCAUCUGCUUGAGCUGUGGUCGCUGAUGCAUUUCUUGAUGCCUACGCUUUUUUCCUCCCACGAGAACUUCAAGGAGUGGUUCGACAGCCCGCUGACAGCCGCCAUAGAGCAGUCGCGCGUGCAGAGGCACCAGAGACUGGUGGCAAAGUUGCACCAAGUCCUUCGGCCGUACAUACUGCGGAGGCUCAAGAAGGAUGUCGAGAAGCAGAUGCCGAGCAAGUACGAGCACGUCAUCAAGUGUGAAUUGACGCGCAGGCAGCGCUGCCUCUAUGAUGAAUUCUUAGGCUCCCGCGCGGUGCAGGGAACUCUGGAUCAGCAGCAGUAUAGGGGGAUGAUGAAUGCCCUCAUGCAGCUCCGCAAGGUUUGCAACCACCCCGAUCUAUUCGAAGCUCGGCCUACUAGGACGCCGGUAGGAGCCGACGGGCUUGGCAUCUUGGAGGCAACCAUCCCAGCAUCCGUUUGCCUCUGGCUGCAGGAACCCUGGUGCCUUACCCCAGAAGCUGCAAUUAAGCGGCUAACAGGCCCCCUGACGUCGCUGUUGCUGAGAGAGGCACACGGCAGCAAGUGGGCGGAACUGGCGGCAGACGAGCUCGCAUCCCCGAUCCAAUGCCUUCUAAGCUCUCCUCCUCCUCCGUUUCCCAAGUGCAGUGCUGGUGCCAGGGAGCCGAGAGCCGUUUGCACAGAGGGCCGCCUCCGAGACGCCUCGCUUGAAGCCUAUCUUGCCGCCUUCGAUCUUCCGGUGCUUGUUGACCCUUUCACCUUCUCCGUCAGAGACAUUCCUCCCCCCACGUUCUCUCCGGCGCUGCCGUCGACUGCAGCCUCGAAUCCCAGCCCGCCGCUGCAGACGGCAGGCCCCUCCUCCUGGCUGUCGCAGCAACACCUUGCGCAGCUCGAGGGGGGAGCUGCACGGCUGCACACUGCGCAGGAGGCGGAGUGCAGGGACGCUGCCGGCAGCCCGACUGCGCAGCCUUGUCUCGAAGGAGGGGAGCAUGAAGUGCAGCAGCCGGUGGCACUUCUGAGCACUGCCGCAUCGGGAGAAACAGCCGGCAGUGUCGCGUGGAGGGUUCCUGAGCAAGGCCUAGGCGACCAGCAGGCUCAGGCGGUGCGGAGCUCCAAGAGCCUCAUCGACGGCAGCUGGUUUCUGGGGGUCGCCUUUGGCGCGGCGAGCAUUCCUGACGUAGGCGGUGUGAUGAGAGCCAAGCAGCGGGAGAUGGAAGAGGCUCAGCAGCCGCUGGACGACGUGUUGCCGCUGCCUCUCAAGUUUUUGCACUAUCAGGUGUCUCUCGAGCUCAACGGGGAUGAAGAUUUGCCACCGCAAAACGCCUCCGAAGGCGCCCCAGCGGGAAGCGACGGCUGGCGAGUGACGGCAGCCGAGGCUGCGUUCGACGGCUUGGGAAGCGCCCAUGGGUGGGGGGGUGUUCCUGCGUCUUCUUCGCGAGCCGUGAGGAGCCGCUGGCAGUACUUGCUGCAGCGGUCGCAUGAGCGGCUCACGGGUCUUCCCGUCGUUCCCAGGAGGCUUCCGGAAAAUGACACUGCGAGUGCAGCCGCGCGCGCGGCUCGCCAGCGGCCGUGGUGUCAAAGGCAGCUCAGGGAAGCAGCUGCUGCCCGCGAAGACGGGCAGUCCAGGCGAUUCCGCUUUCUGUGUUACCUGCACUUCCUCCAUCGGCUCGCUCCUUCGCCCCAUCUAGGAUCUGACGGCCGCCGCUAUCUUCGCAGACUGGUUCGCCAGGGUGCAACGUAUCCCCCCUUUUAUGUAUACGACCAGAUACGCUCAAGCGACGACUUCUUUCGCCAGACAUCGUAUAGCUCAAGCCUCUUCCCAACGCCGUCUCAGGUCUGCGAGCAUCUGAGGCCGCUGCUCAGCCUUUUUACGUGCGUGUGCUGGCCUCGCAUUCACACCCAACCACCGCGCGUAUAUUUGCGAGGCCAGGGAGGCCCCACUGCGCGUUUCUCCUCACUCAGCGCCCUCGAGGGGGCAGCGCUGACGUUGCUAGAGGGGUAUCGGCUCAGAGAGCCUGUACUUCGUCGGGAACACCCACCUACUUACGGGUUGCGUUGGGGUUCCCCCCAGGGUGCGGGAGAGGCCUCUGGAUCAGCCGCGUCGGACUUUCGUGUGGCUUACGCAACACAGCUGCAGAAGGGGGCUGCAGAUGACGACAGAGGAAUAGUACUGGGACGUCAUAUAAUGCAUGUGCCAGCUUGCUACUGCGUUGCGGGAACUCGUCCUGCACUAUGCCCUGAAAACGACUAUUACAAUGACCUCUUGUCUGGCGCUUCAAGGCCCCAAUGCAUCGUCGUCUCCCAGCAUGCGGAAACGAACUCCGCUGUUCGAGAGACGCUUGCACGCAUGGAGUGCCUCUUCCCUCCGAAGCAGCUUAUACAGGACGAUUGUGGGAAGCUCAUUGCCAUGGCAGAGCUGCUUCACAAGCUUCGUGCUGGAGGCCAUCGCUGCAUCAUAUUUACACAGUUCAGUCGGAUGCUGGAUGUUCUCGAGUCAUGGAUCAACUACCAGGGCUUCGUUUAUCUGCGGCUAGAUGGCUCCACUAAGGUGGAAAACCGCCAGCGCAUUGUCAAUCAGUUCAACACAAAUCCUCGCAUCUUCCUCUUUAUCGCCUCUACUCGUGCUGGGGGUGUUGGAAUCAACCUCACUGGUGCAGAUACCGUUAUAUUUUACGACACAGACUGGAACCCUGCCAUGGACAGACAAGCGAUGGACCGGUGCCACCGAAUCGGUCAAACACGAGAUGUCCAUAUUUACCGAUUGGUGUGCGCACACACGAUCGAAGAAAAUAUCUGGCGCAAGCAACUUCAGAAACGACUCCUCGACGAAAUCGUUGUUGACCAGGGAUCAUUCACAAUAACUAACGCUGCAAAGAAAUUGGGCAGGCUGGAAGUUGAUGACCAGAAAGGCUCAGAUCUUCAUGGAGCGGAGUGGUUUUCUAACGCAAAUACACUGAAGGAACUUCUGACAAUCAAACAGGAGCAAACGGAGGAUCUGUACGUUGAUCGCGUACUUCACGAGUCUACUGCAGACACAGGGAAUGCGCCACUAGCACCUACCCGGGACAGGAACUCGGCAUUUGAAUCGGCCAUGGACGAACUGGAAGACGUCGAGGACAGAGCUGCCCUUAGGCAAACAGCUAAGGAGCAGAAAACAGUGCAGCAGGAAAUGAGUGAUGACUUCCGCGAUGAGAACCCAGAUGCUGUGGACGACGUUUCUUCUGCUCUAAAUGAACUACCAGCCCUGGCUACGUACUGCGUCAAGUUCUUGAGCGACAACAAAAGCGACGCGCUCAUUGCGCAAAUAGAACGUUUCAAGGCACAGCUCGAAGGCGAAGGGGCAGAAGUUGGGGAAGGAGAACCAGGGGCAGCAACGGAGAGUGCCUCAGCUGCAGAUGGUAGCGAAGAUAACUCUGGAAGUGAGAUGUCUGCAGCGUGGGAAAGCGAGUUAGAGGAGCAAGAUGGUGGCGAGUCCGCUGAAUCCAAGUGA